GUAUAUAAAUGGCCUUUCUUUCCGCCUCUCCUGGCGCUCCCUUUGAAGGAGCCCUUUUUGCGGGCGGCGAAAGGCCCGUCUAAGGGUUAAACUGAGAGAGGCGAGAUUGCUAGAGGGGCCCCUUUGGAAGCUGCCGCUCGGACUGGGCGGCCUUACCGGCCCCUCCUCUCUCCGUCGGCUUCGCUUCUUCCCUCCGAGACGGUGAGAACUACCAGGCGCUAGCUGGAAUGAUCCACUUUUGCCUCUGAAAUUCCUUGCCCCAAAGUGUCAUCAUUUGCACACAGAGUAACGCCUUGGCUUUGCAAGAUGUAGUCGCCUCUUCCAUCUGGCCAGUUCCUGCCUGAAGAUGGAGGCUAUGGAAGAGAAUGACUCAGGUGGCCUGCAAGCAGAAAGAAGCCCAGAUGCAGCUGAGGUUAGGAGCACUGAAGAAAGAUUUGUCCAGAAAGGCCUAUGUGCUGACAACACCGGCUCAGAUGGAAAGCGUCAACGCUUCAGACAGUUCUGCUACCAGGAGGCCAAGGGCCCCCGAGAGGUUUGCAGCCAACUCCACAGCCUUUGCCAUCAGUGGCUAGAGCCAGAAAGACACACAAAAGCUCAGAUGCUGGACCUGGUGAUCCUGGAGCAGUUCCUGAGCAUCCUGCCCCCAGAGCUGGAGAGCUGGGUGAGAGAAUGCAGAGCAGAGACCAGUUCCCAGGCAGUAGCCUUGGCAGAAGGUUUCCUCCUGAGCCAGGCGGAGGACAAGAAGCAGGAAGAGCAGCAGCUGGAGAGACUGGCAGCAGAAGUGGGUGGUGACCUCUCUGAGGCUGAGAAGGGUCAACUGGACACUGGUGAAAAGCCACCCUUCAGGCCGAUGUUCCAGGAGGGUGACCAAGAUGCCAGCUUGCUGAGCAUUGGAAGGACCCCAGGACCUCAUUCCAGGCCUUCUCCUCUCGGUGGCACAAGGGAUGCAGUUGCCACGCCAUCACUGGAACAGGGUCAGGUGAUCUUUGAGGAGGUGGCUGUGUACUUCACGGAGGAGGAGUGGGCUCUGCUGGAUGCUGCCCAAAGGGCUCUGCACAAGGAAGUCAUGGAGGAGAAUUCUGGUCAUCUGACCUCUCUGGGUGAUGAGAGAGAGAGUGAAUUGCAGUGGAGAAAACCUGAAGGAAAUCAGCAGUGGAGAGAUAAAUUUACUGUUUCCAAAGCAGAUUUGCAUGACAUGCAUGACAUUCCUAUCUUGAAAGAAAGUUACAACGAAAAGACAAGGAAUAAGAUCCCUCUACAUGCAAAAACCUUAACUUGUAACUCAAAUCAAAGCAUGGAUGAAAGAAUCCACAAUGGGGUGAAACCAUAUUAUUGCUCAGUGUGUGGAAAGAGCUUCAACUAUUGCUCAGGUCUUGCUGCGCAUCAAAUAAUCCACACAGAGGAGAAACCCUAUCAGUGCUCAGUGUGUGGAAAGAACUUCAACCGCAGCACUAACCUUACAAAACAUCAAAUAAUCCACACAGGGAAGAAACCAUUUAAAUGCUCAGAGUGUGGAAAGAGCUUCAAGCGGAGCACAGAUCUUGCUCUGCAUCAAAGAAUCCAUACAGGAGUGAAACCAUAUCAGUGCUCAAUGUGUGGAAAGCGUUUCAGCCGGAGUGCAAACCUUACACAACAUCAAAUAAUCCACACAAAGGAGAAACCCUAUCAGUGCUCAGUGUGUGGAAAGAGUUUCAACUGCAGUGCAAACCUUACACGACAUCAAACAAUCCACACAGAGGAGAAACCAUAUCAGUGCUCACUAUGUGGAAAGAGCUUCAGCCGGACCUCAGGUCUUGCUGUGCAUCAAACAGUCCACACAGGGGAGAAACCAUAUCAGUGCUCAGUGUGUGGAAAGAGCUUCAGCCGGACCUCAGGUCUUGCUGUGCAUCAAAUAAUCCAUACAGAGGAGAAACCCUAUCAGUGCUCAGUGUGUGGAAAGAACUUCAACCGGAGCACUAACCUGACAAGACAUCAAAUAAUCCACACAGGGGAGGAACCAUUUAAAUGCUCAGAAUAUGGAAGGAGCUUCAACCAGAGCACAGAGCUUAAUAAACAUCAAAGAAUCCACUCAGAAGAGAAAACAUAUCAGUGCUCCGUCUGUGGAAAGAGUUUCAACCGCAGCGCAAAUCUUACACGACAUCAAACAAUCCACACAGAGGAGAAACCGUAUCAGUGCUCAGUGUGUGGAAAGAGUUUCAACCGCAGUGCAAACCUUACACAACAUCAAAUAAUCCACACAGAGGAGAAACCGUAUCAGUGCUCAGUGUGUGGAAAAAGUUUCAACUUCAGCGCAAAUCUUACACAACAUGAAAGAAUUCACACAGGGGAGACACCAUAUCAGUGCUCAGUGUGUGGAAAGAGGUUCAACUGCAGCGCAAAACUUACACGACAUCAAAUAAUCCACACAGAAGAGAAACCGUAUCAGUGUUCGUCGUGUGGAAAGAGCUUCAGACACAGUUCAAGCCUUACACAACAUCAAAGAAUCCACACUGGGGUGAAACCAUAUCAGUGCUCAGUGUGUGGAAAGAGCUUCAACCAGAGCACACAUCUUGCAGUGCAUCAAAGAAUCCACACAGGGGUGAAACCCUAUCAGUGCUCAGUAUGUGUAAAAAGCUUCAGCCAGAGCACACAUCUUGCUGUGCAUCAAAGAAUUCACACAGGAGUGAAACCAUAUCAGUGCUCAGUGUGUGGGAAGAACUUCAACCGGAGCGCUAACCUUAGAAGACAUCAAAUAAUCCACACAGGGGAGAAUCCAUUUAAAUGCUUAGUGUGUAGAAAGAGCUUCAACAAGAACACAGAUCUUACUAAGCAUCAAAUAAUCCACACAGGGGAGAAUCCAUUUAAAUGCUUAGUGUGUGGAAAGAGCUUCAACAAGAACACAGAUCUUACUAAGCAUCAAAUAAUCCACACAGGGGAGAAUCCAUUUAAAUGCUUAGUGUGUGGAAAGAGCUUCAACCGAAGCGCUAACCUUAGAAGACAUCAAAUAAUCCAUACGGGGACGAAACCAUUUAAAUGCUCUGUGUGUGGAAAGAGCUUCAACCAGAACACAAUUCUUACUAAGCAUCAAAGAAUCCACACAGGGGUGAAGCCCUUUCAGUGCUCAGUGUGCAGAAAGAGCUUCAGCCAGAGCUCAAGUCUUGUUGUGCAUCAAAGAAUCCACACAGGGGUGAAACCAUAUCAGUGCUCAGUGUGCAGAAAAAGCUUCAGCCAGAGCACAGAUCUUACUAAGCAUCAGCGAAUCCACACAGGGGUGAAACCCUAUCAGUGCUCAAUAUGUGGCAAGAGUUUCAACCAGAGCACAAAUCUUGCUGUGCAUCAAAGAAUUCACACGGGGUUGAAACCAUAUCAGUGCUCAGUGUGUGGAAAGAGCUUCAAUGGGAGCACAAGUCUUGCUGUGCAUCAAAGAAUCCACACGGGGGAGAAGCCAUUUAAAUGCUCAGAUUGUGGAAAGAGGUUCAAGCAGAGCACAGAUCUCACUAGACAUCAAAUAAUCCAUGCAGGGAUGAGGCCAUAUCAGUGCUCAGUGUGUGGAAAGAGCUUCAAGCAGAGCACACACCUUGCUGUGCAUCAAAGAAUCCACACAGGGGUGAAACCCUAUCAGUGCUCUGUGUGUGGAAAGAACUUCAACCUCAGUGCUAACCUUACAAGACAUCAAAUAAUCCAUACAGGGGAGAAACCAUUUAAAUGCUCAGAGUGUGGAAAGAGCUUCAACCAGAGCACAGAUCUUACUAAGCAUCAAAUCAUCCACACAGGGGUGAAGCCCUAUCAGUGCUCAGUGUGUGGAAAGAGUUUUAGCGAGAGCACAAAACUGAAGCAACAUCAACGAAUCCACACAGAGGAGAAACCCUAUCAUUGCUCAGUGUGUGGAAAGAACUUCAACCUGAGUGCUAACCUCUCAAGACAUCAAAUAAUCCACACAGGGGAGAAACCAUUUAAAUGCUCAGAGUGUGGAAAGAGUUUCAACUGCAGUGCAAACCUUACACGGCAUCUAAGAAUCCACACAGGGGAGAAACCAUAUCAGUGCUCAGUGUGUGGAAAGAGCUUCAGCCAGAGUUCAGGUCUUGCUGCGCAUCAAAUAAUCCACACAGAGGAGAAACCCUAUCAGUGCUUAGUGUGUGGAAAGAACUUCAACCGGAGUGCUAAUCUUACAAGACAUCAAAUAAUUCACACAGGAGAGAAAGCAUAUCAGUUUUCAGUUUGAGGAGGAGCCAAGUUGGUGACAGAACAGCCCAUUUUACAGCCUCAGUUUUAAGUCACUCAUUUCUUUCUGAGAUGCCCCCAGUCUCUAAAAAGAACUUUCACAGCUUUUGUGGGAGACUCCUGGCGGGAAUGCAGGCCAAGCCUUGUGACAACUGGCGGGAAUGCACGAGCCAAGCCUUGUGACAACUCCAGAUCAGAGUUAUGGUGGGAAGAUCUGACCCCUCCAUUCAAUCCUUGAUACAGUUCUGUUUUCAAUUCAAGCAGCUCUUGUAAUAGCGUUUGUAGUAUCUCCUGUGGACCUCCUUAGAUGAAGUGCUGAAUAAGCAUGGCUCCUCAAUCUGGCCUUUAGAUUUGGUCUCUCCAGUCUCCACAUUACUGACUGUGUUAACUCAUGUGGAUUCUACAUCUUCUUAAGUGCCAACAGUGCCAGUGUCAUAGAUUACUUUCUGAUAUCUCUGACAUUUCUCUCACAGGUUUGCUCUUUUGACAUACAUAAUAGAUCAGCGAGUGGCCAUCUGCAUUUGGUCUUGACCUUUUCUGCAUGUACUGCACGCCACUCUGUAAUAUGGGUCUUAAUUGAAGGGUCUUACCCAAGAAAAACGACACCUUAAAUAGGGUUAUUGGUCUUAACGAGAUGAUCACAACCCUGUUAAAUUCUCAGCAGAUGCUGAAACCAUGGCAACUUGCAGUACUAUCUUGUUCAGACAUUUUUUGUAUUUUUCCUGAAAUUAUCUUUAUAAUGAACCCCCAUCUAACCACAGCAGGUCAAAUUUGGAGGGGCCAUAUAAGGAAGAGCUGGUUUGGCCAGGAAUGCAGCAGUGUCCCCUCUUAGUUUUUUUAAUCAGAGAGAGGAAUUAGUUUUGUUUUGGGUGGCAGUAUCGAGGCAGUGUGCGCACAUGUGCAUUAUUAUGUGCCACUAUAGAAACACAACACACAUACACUCAGUCCCUCUAGGUACACGCCUUUCAUUCCUACCCCCCCCACACACCUCCCCCGCUCUCUCUAUACACACACAUGGGUCCCACUAGGUAUAUGUCUUUUGUUCCCACUCCACACACCACCCUCCCCCCCCCCACUCUCUCUUACAUACACACACCACACAGAAUCCCUCUAGGUACACUCCUUCCCCCCCUCCCCCUCUAUAUAGAUGUCUGUAUAGAUAUUGACACAUGAACACACAGUCCAUCUGGGUACACUCCUUUCCUUCCCAUCCCACACACCUCCCUCUAUGUAUGUAUAUACUCACACACAUGAGUUUUCAGCCUUGGGUCCCCAGAUGUUAUUGGACUUCAACUCCCAUAAUCCCCAACCAAAGGCCACUGGGGCUGGGGAUUAUGGGAGUUGAAGUCCAAUAACAUCUGGAGACCCAAGGUUGAGAAUCCCUGCUGUAUUAUUUAUUUAUUUGAUUGAUUGAUUGAUUGAUUGAUUUAUAUCCCGCCCAAACAUACAUCUCUGGGCGGCCCUAGAGGGGUGUGUGUAUAGAUAUAGAGAUAGAUCUAUCUAGUGCUCUCUCUCUCUCUCUAUAUAUAUAUAUAUAUAUACACACACACACACACACACAGAGUCCCUCUAGGUAUGCUCCUUUCUUUCCCACCCCACAUCCCUCCCUCCCUCCCCUAUCUAUCUGUCUAUCUAUCUACACACAGUGUCUUGUCCCCUCUUAAGUUUUAUACUGACUUGAACAUGGCUCUCCCUUGUUUUUUCUCCCCAUGAUGCUCCACUGGAGCUCCCAGCAGAAGUCCCUCCCCCGGCUUUCCCAUUGGACAAGGAAGUCUGCAGAGAGCCGGGGGUGGGGGUGGGAGGCAGAAGGGAAGGGAAGCUUCUCUGAGCUAUUCAACAACCACAUCCACCCCUGGAGCAUAGAGCCAGUCCCCACAACUCUGAAAGAGCCUCUGGCUGCCUGGGAUUGAGAAGGGGUGUCGUAUUGCAAGCCUCUCCAUUUCAGUAGGUUCUUGUCGAGGCUGGAGUGGGAGAAUCUGCUCUCUUGCAGGAGAAGGCAGUUUCCCCACUCUGGCCACAGCACAAUCUAAUGCAGUGGCCAUGUGGGGGUGGGGGGAGACUGCUGGCACUUUACGCAUCCAUUGGAAUGCAGCACAAGACAGCGUGGAAUCCUCCGAGUAGGUGGGUGGAUUUUUGUGGGCAUGCACACACCUGCACACUUUAGAGGGAACAGGUUGAAGAGAGGAAUGCAGGCUUAAGAGACAAGCCUGUGACACCUCCAGGCCAGAGUUUGAGAAGGAGCUGGCCCCUUGAUUUAAUCAUUGAUUCAGUUUCAUUUCCAAUACAAGGAGUUCUGGAAAGUCAAGAAAUUCUCCUAUUUUGAAGAUCAAUGGAGAGAGCUGGGUCUUUGUCUAAUCCAGAAAAAAAUGAUAGGAAGUUCUGGGCUUGGGGGGCAACUGGCCCACAGUCUGAUUCCACCUCAGAUGCUUAUCUUCCAGCUGAGACAUGGUUUCAGUACUUCUCAGCUAUUUAUGAUAGCAUCCAGAAUGAGACCACUUACGAUUACCCACUUCCUGAGCCAGGCCUUCUCCCAGAGUGGCCUGCCAUUUCAGGACGGGAGUGCAAGCAGAUGAUUGGUGCCUUGACCCUUGGGGAAACCCCUGGGGAAGACAGUGGUGCCUCCUGUGAUAUUUAAAUUGAAUGCCCACUGAUGGACCCCCAUUCUAGUGAGGCUUUGCUAUGAAAUUGACACAACUUGUGCCGUUCCCCAAACUGAAACAAACUAUUAUUUAUCCAAUAUACAAGAAAGGCAAUAGGUAGGAGCCUUUUAAUUAUCACCCAGUCAGCCUCCUGGAUGUAUCUCCAAAUGAUAUACUCGAUACUUUUAAACAAGCCGGAGGAUUGGGCAGGUAUGCCCCCAAAAAAAAUUUCACCUAGAGCAGGCAGGCUUCCAUAGGGGUCCCAGCACAAUAGAUCAGUGUAUUGCCUUGAAAGCCUUGAUCCAGAAAUAUGCUAAUAGCCAUUUUUUUUAAAAAACAACACCUUUAUAUUUUGUUUACUGAACUUUUGUCAGUCUUCGGUGUUACUGAUAGAUUUAGAAUGUGGGUAAAGCUUGAGGGGACUGAUGCUGAUGAACGGCUUCUUAGGUUACUGAUUGAAUUGCACUCUAAUCUCAUCGCCCUGGUGAGAAUAGCCUGACAAAGAUCACUAUCCAGCCCCAUUUUAUUAAACAGAGGAAUCAAACAGGGCUGUCUAUUGGCUCCCUUUUAAUUUAGUCUUCAUAUCAAUGACAUAGUGCAGGCGAUGGAAUCCCAGAAAUUCUUCUCCCCUUUUCCUAAUGGGCGCAAAGUCUCGAUGUAUGCUGAUGAUAUGACACUUAUAUCUUAUGUCAAGAUCAGACUCAGAAAAAUGCUGGUUAGAUUGGCCGAUUACUGUGAGGAAGAGAAGUUCAGGAUCAACGAUAAAACAAACGUGGUAGUCUUUGGUAUCAGUAGAAUCAAAUAUAUGAGAAUUUACUCUCAGCAAAUAGAGCUAUGCCCCUCCUUUAAAUAUUUGGGUGUCUCUUUUCAGAAAUCGCUGUCUUGGGCAGUAUAACUUGAUGCAGCCCUAUUGAUUGCACGGCGUACAGUGGGGAUUAUUUUAACCUUCUUCUCAGGUGGGGAGUGUCAAUUAAUAGCCCCUGCACUUAAAAUAUUUCAGGGGGAAGUGGUUCCGUAGCUUUUGUAUAGGGCAACGAUUUGGGGGUGAAAGGCCAAUGUGGUUGACAAUUUAGAAAUGUUCCAGAAUCGUUUUCUGAGGAAAAUUCUGGGUCUUGCCCUGGGCAAUAUAUGCUGUGCAUAUAAGAAUGGAGGCAGGGUUGUCCUCAAUCUCUUUUAGAGACUAUCUGACACUGCUCAAAUCUUUCAAGAAAUAUGAAAGCCUUCUGGAACAUCAUCUAAUUAAAUCUUGUCACUGGCACUAUCGAGGGGGAAAUCAGUGGCCAAACGUGCUGUCUCAUAUUUUGCAAAAAUGCUCUCUGCUCUCACUGAGGAAGUCCUGGGAUGGAUGGGGUGGGGGGUAGAAUCUGCAAUUGACUCCUUGAGCAGGAUGCUAGUUAGGUCUAAUGUUCACAAUUCUCCCUAUGGUAUCCUCACUUCAAGAAAAACAGAUCCAUUUCACAGUACCAGCUUAAUCUCACCAGCACACUGGUAUUUACCAGCCUUUGUUUCCAAACCAUACCCUCAGUGUUCCUCAAGAGCAGAUUUCACAAAUUUCCCAUGGAACAGUACCUCUGCCCCUGUAGCCAGGGGCAAGUGGAGGACAUUGGACAUGUUAUCCCACACUACCCCUUUUAUGGAACAAUAGGAGGAAAAAUGCUGGGCCAGAUUAUUGAUAAUUUCCUGGGUUCCUAAACAGAAUGUAUUAAUUUGGAUUGUCAUUUUAUCGAUCUCUUUUAUGCAUGCUGUUUUAGCUGUUGUGUUUUAUGCUAUUUUAUUAUGCUUUAACAAGUGAUUUUCGGCCCGUUAAAUAACGGGCGCUAGUAAGCGCUCCGGGCCCCCCGCCGCCAUUCCCCCUCCUGCCGCCAGCCUCCAUGCCGCGGCCGGUCUCCCCGGCCGGGCAAGGGCCCCAAAGUCUCGCCCCUGCCCGGCUUCGGCGGCGCCGCCAGCCCUCCCCCGCCGCCUCUUCCCCCCACCCGGCUACGGCAGCGCAGCCAGGCUUCGGCCAUGGCUCCGCCGCCGCCUCGGCCGCACCGCGUCCUCUGGCCGAGGCGGCGGCUCUGCCACCGCCCCGGCCAGCUUCCCCUGCCGCCUCUUCCCCCCACCCGGCUUCGCGGCGGCCGCUUCUCCUCGGCAACCGCUUCUCCUCCCGGCCAUCAUGGCCGCCUGGUCCCAGCGGUCGUGUCUCCCUCGGCAUGUUCUGGGCAUGCGCUCCGCGCAUGCCCAGAACGGCCAAGGGAGGCACGGACAUACACCUUGGUGUCCACGGACGGACACCAAGGCUUUUAUUAGAGAGGAUAGGUGUGUGAUGACCUGUGCUUACAACAAUAAACUAAUUACAACGGUGUCCAUAAAGAGCUUUAGCAAAAGCACAAGUCUUGCUAAGCAUCAGUCAGUGCUCAGUGUGUGGAAAGAGCUUCAGCUGGAGCUCCACCCUUCCUUCCCAUCAAAUAAUCCACAAAGGGGGAAAACUAUAUAAAUGCUCAGGAUGUGGGAAGAGUUUCGGCCAGGGCUCAGACCUUGGGUGAUAUCAAAGAAGCCACUCAGGGAGAAACCAUAUAAAUGCUCAGUGUGUAGAAAGAGUUUCAACCAGUGCUGAAGCCUGGCUUCCCAUCACACCAUCCACACAAAUGAGAAGCCAUUUAAAUGCUCAGAGUGUGGAAAGAGGUUCAAUCAGAGCCCAGAUCUUACUAAGCAUCCACGAAUCCAAACAGGUGAAACCCUAUCAGUGCUCAGUUAGUGGAAAGAACUUCAACCUGAGAAACCAUUUAAAGGUAGAGGCUAUUUUGCUUUGACUGAAGCAUCACACAGUCGGGGAGCUGUACUUGGGGCUGACGGAGGCUGCCACUGACCCAAGGGCCUUACAAUGAAGAACAUGGCUUAUUGCCUCUUGGAGAGACUGAGGGAUUAGGGUGUGGCAGAUGUUCAGCCGGAGAUUAAAAUCUUUCCUUACACCAUAAAACAAGGUUUCAGAAUGGGGAGAAUAAAACUCUCUGAGGUACCUAGCCUCUACUUGUAACUAAGCCUAAAUAUGCAUAACUAAGAUGCUUGUAUAUUAUCCCUUCUCUUAUUUCUCUCCCUUUCCUGUUGCCUCCCUUGUGUCAAUAUCUAGAUUGUAAGCUCCUCAGGGGCAGGGAUCUUUCCUUGACUAGCACCAUGUAUAUGGUGGCACUAUAGAAAUCAUAAUUUAAAAAGAGAACUAAUGUUGUUUCUCUUUGACCUUUGAGAAACCUUCUCUAAUAAAACAGGCUUUGAACACUG